CAAUUUCAACUUAGCCUCGUCUCAUAUACAUACCCACUCCAAGGCGCAAUUACUAUCAACACUUACAUCGCUAUCUGAGGUUCCAGCAAGUACUAAGCCACUGCACUAAGUUACUGCACUUAUCAUUGACAAAUCCUGACUCAAUACAAUGUCUCACGAAAUAACACUCGAGCCCUUCCUAAUAACGGACAUCCGGGAAGCCCUCGAUGUUUCCGAACUUGCCUUUGCAGCGCUAAAUCGAUUCCUUUAUACGUCUGCUCUAAGCGAAAAAUCCAUGGAUGCAAUGGUCGCGCUACGAGAAGGACAAUUCAAAGAGCCACACGUCAAGGCAUUUAAAGCCGUUCAUACUGCGACAGGAAAAUUAGUUGGCUUAACGCGAUGGGCAGUGUACGCAGAAGAUCAAGUUGUGGAGAAGAGUGUUGAGGAGGUCGUUGAGGCACGCUUAGCAGCCGAUAUUCCCGAGCGCCGGGAUGAGGUCGCAAGAGCCAUUUUCACGGAAAUUGAGUUAGGAAAGAGAGAAUUCCUCGGUGUUGGUACGAUUGAAAAUAACGAAAAAGGGGUCAUCUUGCGAAAGAGGGUCGAACUGGAAGCCAUCCUUGUUCAUCCGGAUUAUCAGAAAAAAGGAAUAGCCAAGAGAUUGCUGGCGUGGGGUAUUGAAGAGGCUCAGCGACUGGGCCUCAAUCUUUGGCUUGAGGCGACAGAUGAAGGAAGGCCGGUUUAUGAGAGGGCGGGCUUUCAAUCUCUGAAGGAGGUGAAGGUUGUCUGCGAAGGGGUUGGCGAGUCUCCGGUUACUUUUAUGAUAUUACCUCCAAAGCGGUCCUCAAAGUGAAGGAGGAGAUAUGAUUGACCGGCAUUUUUCAGUCAUAUUUGGAAAGGACCUAAACCUGGUGAACCCAUAAUCGGAACAAUAGUAUAUGCCCAAUCGCAGUAUUUCAUUGAACGCCCCGGGCCCUGCACCGCUAACAGUUCAGUUAUAAAAGAGUAGUGUACCCACAUCAGGGCAGACAUUCGGCUUCUGCUCUUGCCUUCUUGGGCCUUCAAU